GUGUGUGUGUAUGUGUGUGUGUGUGUGUGAAGUAGGCCUGAUAACGUUACUGUUAUGUUAGGAGGCCAUGAUCACGUAACCCAUGUCUGUUUAAUCCUGGGGUUAAUCUGCACCCAUGCUUCUUCAUAGGAAAGGACAAUCAUAACGAACAAACCAUCCCAUAAGAAUAACAUGGGAACAACAUAAUCUCAUAGACUCGCAGUGAAUCGCCAGAGUAAUCGUAAGUACGUAAAAUUCAAAGUUACGAUAAGAAAACUGGUUAUUUCCCCGCAGUUAUUUAUGAUCAUAUAAUAUUACAGAGUAUACCCCUAAAUUUUAGAAAAUGCAGUGUGGCGCAAGAGAAAUGUGUUAGUGGGUAAGGUGAACUAUAAUAUACUGAUCACUAUAUCCUAUUUUAUUUGUAUCAAGGUAACUUCACCCCCUCCCGUGAUGACGUCCAGAUCCUUCACAAGAUUCCUGUUUCAGACGAGACUGGACAGAACUUGUUUAGUGAAUAGAUCUUGCAUUGCACUGCGUCGCUUUGUGAGUGAGUGUGUGUAAUCCAGCAGGUACCCUCCUGACAUGGGCAAGUGCUCUUUAUCGUCGAUCUAUAGGUACUGUGUGUGUGUGUGUGUGUGUGUGUGUGUGUGUGUGUGAUCCUCCACCAUGAUGGCCCCGCCCUUCAGGUUCGUGAUGGUCGUGUCCUGCUCCGGGUGCCUGGUGGCGGUGGGCGUGCUGUUGGCGGCAUCACGGCGGCCUGCGCUCUCCGACACCCUUCCUUCCACGGACUCCCGCAGCUCCUCGUCCCUGCAGGAGGCCUCCACGUCUCCUGCCCCAGUGAGCUCGUCCCCCGAGGACUAUGAGUAUAACUAUGACCAUGACCAUGAUGCACACUUUCACGCGUAUCCGAAUAUCACGUUUACCCGGAUUUUGUUCUGGUGCGAGUAUCUGUUCUCCGCCCGCUUCGGCUCCUACAGCGGCCUCGUCCACACCAUGCUCUUCAGGAACACCUCCAUCUUCGUGGUCGGGGAGGAGAGAUUCGUCCAUCUCUGCCGGGAGUACCAUAUUCACCGCAAGUGCGAGGAGAAACCGUUCAUCACGUCUUGUCUGGGUGACGAUGUUGUCUUCCUCCACGACCACGGCUGCACCAAACCCUCGCCACACGACGCCUACUUUGACGUGCUGCUGGCGGCGACGCUGCUGGAGGAUGACGAGGCCUGCUUCGAGGCGGUGUGCGGCGGGGAGGUGCGGGUGGUUAUGCGCGAGGUGGAGGGCCUCACCGUUCACUUGUUCAGUCCAGUGACCCAACACGGCGCCUGCCACAAGUACCUGCUGCCAUAUUACCCGGCCCAGGACAGACUCACCUUGACCAUUCGUAACGUGCACUGGCCUUCGUGCUUCGCCGGCUACGAGGUGGUGUGGUCACUGGAGCCUGGGAGUGAUGGCGGCGGUGGUGGUGGCGUGAUCAAGACCUGGAGCUACCUUCCGCCGCACUGCCGCGCCCUCGAGCACGUGCUGGCGGUGGUGGUGGGGCUGGUGGUGGUGGGCGGUGUGGCGGGGAAUGUGCUGGUGCUGGUGCUGUGUGCGUGGAGAGGCCACUUCACAGAACCCUCGACAGUACUCUGUGUGUCCACGGCAGCAGCGGAGUUACUGGUAUGUGUGUUCGUCCUCGCGCCCGCCCUCCACGCCCACCUCAGGCCCAUGCACGACGAGGCGCCGGCGGAUGGCUCGUCCCUAAAAGUUUCCGGGGGUGCAGGCACUCGGAGGCUGCUCGACGUUGGCUUGGAGGAGGUGGAGGGAGGCUUUCUUAUGUUUUCGGCACACGUCCUCAACACAGGCCUUGCGGUGUCCCUGCCCACCGUGCUGCUCCUCGCCCUGGAGCAGAGCCUCGCCGGCACCGGCUGGUCACUGCAAGAGGAGCUGACGUGGCGCCGCACGCGAGGGUUUGUGGUGGCGAGCUGGUCUGUCGGCGUCUUGCUGAGCCUGGCGCUGGUACACGGCGGCGGGGCUUUCUGGUAUUCCUUCUACAAACUGCCCCUCGCGGUGCCUCCUGGGCGGGCGGGGAUGGUACUGACGGGCGCGGCAGUCGUCCUCGGGGCGGUGGUUGGGAUGACUGUCGUGGUGUUUUUCGUAUCCAUCUGGAGGACGCUCAAGGGCGGGGCUGUGCGGCGCCGCCUCAUUCUGGAGAUGGCGAAGGCCUUCCUUCAUGUUGUGACGGCGGGGACGGGGGCCGCGGCACUCAUGCUGCCUUUGGGCGGCACUUCCGUGCCCCGUCUCGAGUUGGCUCACUUCCUGUGCUGGUGGGGCUUCCUGUCCUCCGUCUGCUGGCACCCCUGGCUCCUCUGUCUGCCUCGCCGAGAUGUCCGAGGGGCGGUGAUGGCACUGGUGGGGGAGCGGCGGCACCCGUGGCUGGAGAGGCUGUUGGCACUUGGCUCCUGGGUGGGCGACGCUGCGACACCCUCUCCCCCGCCGUCACCCCGCCCCCCGUCGCCCCCCCGCCACAAGUUGGCCCCCGGCAGGCGGCACCGCUACCUGCCGGGGGUGAGGUAUUACAGGUAGUGACUCCACCGCUAGUCUCGUCCUUGUCUCGCGCACCAUCAUUCAUGACCUUCAGCACAUAUGUUUUACCUCCAGGGACGGGACCAAGACAUCCCCAACGUACAACAACUUACAUCCUUUGCGUUUCUCUUGUGUACUGAACACGCCAUUGUUUAGUGCGAGAGACGUCACCAUGUAAUGCGUCAGACGGUCUAGCCCAAUCCUGUUUGUCGUGGUUGCUGUUCCAGAACUCCGAUUUAAAUUACUCAGUAGAGUCGUUUAAGUUUCAAGCAGGUACUUCAAGAUUGCAAAGAAAACGGGGUUACUGUGCCGUCUUGCUGUAUUAGGAAGCUUGAGAAUUUUAGCUGUGACUUACAUUUACCAGCUGUUAUAUUCUACUGAGAGAGAGAGAGAGAGAGAGAGAGAGAGAGAGAGAGAGAGAGAGAGAGAGAGAGAGAGAGAGAGA